AUGAGAUCUCGGCCGGUACCAACCGAAGUCGCUGAGAGGGUUCUCGACGACCUCGGCGUCCAGGAAGACGUCCGUACGCUCUCCACCUGCGCUCGUGUCUGCCGCUCCUGGGUUCCGAGGGCAACCUUCAACCUUUGGCGCAAAGUCACAAUCAAUGGCAAGGACGGCCUCGAUUCCGUUCGUACAGCACUUGAGCACUCUUCUCAGUUGAGUCGGUUCAUACACGCCAUCCGGCUCGAGGCCGAUCGCCGCGGCGACUUUCCCCACACGGCGCUCGCAGUUCUUUUCCCCUUCAUCGGAUCCCGCAUCACGAGUCUAGAAAUGUACUCAGAACACGGUGACGGCAUCCAUUUCCCGAGCGCUGUGUUCUCUCGUCUCCAGCACUACACCGCACUCAAGACACUCACGGUUAACUACCAAAUCUUUCCCACCCAUCAUCACGUCCGUCGGAUUUUUCGCGCACUGCCUGCCCUCGAUACACUCGAGCUAUCCGAGUGGCACAACCUCAACCGUACCUUCCAUGAUUGGAAUUCCGUCCCUGAUGAACAGCCCCGCUUGAAGAAAUUUGUGAUAAUGACAAGGUUCUCAGAAGUUUUGUGGAACGAUACCAUCACAACUACGUCCACGUGGUUGACUACUCCAGCCUCCCGCCUCACAGGAUUUUCGAACAUCAGCUGUCUUUCCCUGGAGUUAACCGCUGAAGGAUUCAACAGUUCGCUCAAAGCCACGGAGAUUCAGGAACAGCUAGGGUUCAAGGGUGGAGACCUUCCAAAAUCCCUGCGUUCUCUGCGGAUCAUUCUUCACAGCAAUUUCGCAUACUUAUUUCACUUCGACAUCGACAAGAAACACGUUGUGGAUACUUCUCUUGCCCUUUCACGGCUUGUGCAAGAUCACGCGAAAUACCCGAACGGGAAGGGCAUCACUUUCAUCAUCAAAAACUCGACCAUGAACCUCCGUGAUCAUUUCCGAAUGUGGAUGCAGCGCCUAUUGUCUUCUCUUUACAAACAGAAACUUCUCCAUAUAGUCUUUGAGAACGAUGCAACCAUUACACCAGGAUCAUACGGCCCUACAGUGGUGAUUCACCAGGUGCAUCCAUUGUGA